AUGGAGAUUAUAGAUCAUUUAGGAUUAAGUGAUAAGUCAAAAUCAAGAGUUCUUUGGUUUAAAGGAUUAAUUUGUUUAUUAAUUUUAUUUUACUUCACAGUUUUAUAUCAAUUGGUUGCAAUUUUAAGUUUAGGAUUAUCGAUUUUAUUUCCAGAUACUGCAAAUUUGAUAAGAAAUUACACGGGUAAUCUAUUCUGGAACAUUGGAUUACACAUGAUGGUAAGUAUUGAAUAUAUGUCCAAAAUUAUCAAGAGUUAUUAACAAUUAGAAAUCAAAUAGAGUUAAAUUUAAAAUUUAUGGUGAUAAAUUAGACGCUAAUCCAGCUAUUGUAAUUUGCAACCAUUCUUCAUUGGCGGAUACUUUCAUUAUUCAUUAUUUAUCAAGAUUCUCAUAUAAAAAUAAAGUAGAUUUACCAAAUCUAAAUUUCUUUUCAUGGUUUUUAGUUUGGAGAGUACCAACAAUUAAAAUUAUUUUACAUUGGUUAAAAUGUGAUGAAAAUUGGGAAAUAGAUGAAAAAUCAGUAUUAUUUGUAUUUUCAAGAUUACUAAAAUCAAAAUUUUCAGAAUGGAUUAUCUUAUUCCCUGAAGUUAAUAUUUGGACUAAAGAAAAUGUUCAUUUACAAACUGGAUUACAAGAUAAGUAUUUUUUACCAAAAUUUGAAAAUGUAUUAUAUCCACGAUUUUCAUCAUUUUAUAAUAUAAUAACAGCAUUAAAUAAUUCAAAACCACAUUCUUAUUCAAAUUUAUAUGAUUUAACAAUUUUAUAUACUAAAGAUGGAGAAGAAUGUGGAGAAUCACCUACAUUAAUGGAUUUUCUAGCAGCUGAUAAACAAAUUACAGUUACAAUCUAUAUUAAAAUAAGAUCAAUUUCAAGAAUACCUACAAAACGAAAAAAAUUAGAAAGAUAUUUAGAACAGCUUUGGAAACAUAA